AUGCCGAAUUUGUUGCUGUUUCCGCUUCGUGGUUAUCUCCCCAUUACAAAUACUACAUUUCCAAAACUUCCACAACAUGUUGUUUUCGUUAACCAAACAUUGAACAACGGCUUGGAAAAUCUUGGAGCCGCAAGUAAAGGCUUUAUUGAAAGACGAACUCAAGUAGGAUACUCAUAUCUGAAACCAUUAUCGAUCGACAUCGAAGUACCUUUUAAGGAUCGGGAGACUAAAUCCAUCACUGACAAGCAAAGAUUGCCGAAAGAAAUAAAAGAUAGCUAUAAAAUGGCAACAACGAGAAUACCAGAAAUAUCAAGACCAAGUAAUGUGCCGAGGCUGCGAGCGGAAGAUGCCCGCGUUCCCUGGCGGAAGUCGUACCAAGUUGUAGAAGAGAGUGAUGAAUACCUAACGGUUAAUUCGGAUUAUGUUCGAUUGCCGUAUCGUGAGAAGGUUCAGACGAUAGAUCCCCAUCGUGAUUCCCAAGACAUAACAACGGCCAUCAAGACCCUAGAUCGCUUCCUAAACGGGGUUUUAAAUAGUGGCAGUUCCAACAGUGAUGUACAUCCACCACUCAAUCCUGUUUUUGCCCUCAUUCUGUCGCGAUACGGACGAUACGUGUUUGGAGCACAAAACCCUCGCGUGUACGCGUAUAUGGCUGCAAACAAUAUACACAAUAACAAACCUUUUGGUAACUAUAAGGUGGAAUACGAAGAAGUACCUACUUAUGUUUGA